AUGGAUAAAUCCCGCAUCCUCUGGCGCACCGUCGCCCACGCAAAGCCUCUCCCCUCAAUCAAAACAUCACGACUCCCCACCCCGCGACCGCAAUGGAUCUGCACCCGCUGCCUCCACACCCCAGCUCGCCCAUCUCCCUCCCGCAUCCUCCGCACCCUCCGACAACAACGCCGCCACGCCUCCAACGAACCCGCCGACCUCCCGGGCUUCACCUCCAUAGUCGACAAUCCCCCCCAACUCAUCCGCGCCGGCCGUCCCCACAACAAAUACGGCCUGCUCUUCCUCGCCAUCAUCCCCGUCACAGCUUUCGUUCUCGGCUGCUGGCAAGUCCAACGUUUAGCCUGGAAGUCCGACCUCAUCGCUCGUUUUGAAGACCGUUUGAUCCGGGAUCCUUUACCUUUACCCCCGCGGAUUGACCCCGAUGCUGUGAAGGAGUUUGAUUAUCGGAGGGUGUAUGCGAGGGGGAAGUGGAGACAUGAUAAGGAGAUGUUGAUUGGACCGAGGGUGCAUGACGGGGAGGAUGGGUACUUGGUUGUCACGCCGCUUGAGAGGACGGAGGACUUCCCGGAUGAGAAGGGGAAUACGUCGAUUCUGGUGUGUCGGGGGUGGAUUAGCAAGGACAAAGCGGCGCCUUCGAAACGGCCUGAGUCGCUCGCUACAGGAGAAGUCAUCGUGCAAGGGUUGCUCAGAGAGCCAUGGAAGAAAAACAUGUUCACCCCCGACAACGUGCCUGAAGAGAGGAAGUGGUACUUCCCGGACGUGGGACAGAUGGCGGAAGCGGCGGGGACACAAGCGGUGUGGAUCGAGGAGACGAUGAGGCCGGAUUUGUUGGCUAGUUAUGAGAGGGCCGCGAAGGGGGUGCCGAUUGGACGGGCGCCCGAGGUGAAUUUGAGGAAUAAUCAUACGCAGUAUAUCUUCACGUGGUUCUCGUUGAGUUUGGCGACGAGUGUGAUGUUGUAUAUGGUGAUUAAGAAGCCGAGUAGUGGGAGGCGGAUGAGGCAGAAUCGGGAGUGGUAGAAGUUGAUGUUGGAGCGGUUAUACAACGACUCGAACACCUCCACUACCUCCGACAACUUCGAUAUCUCCUCC